AAGAGACACAGAGCGGUCAGUGCCCUGUCUCCUCAAUAAUAUAUAUUUUUUUAUUUUAAUAUAAUACGGGAAAUUUACGGGAAAAUACUAAUACGGGAGGACGGCGGGAAAGAGGAGUAAAAUACGGUAGGUUCCCGGCCAAAACGGGAGACUUGACAGGUAUGACAUAAAUAUAUGUUGGCGUCAGAACGUGUAAUUACUCCAUUGUGCAUCAUUUACCGCAUUUCAGUUGCGAUUUGUUUUCACGCCCGUAUUCCGGCCUUUAGCCUUAUCCAAUGACUGACAGAAAGGGGCGGGGCCUGUGUGGAAGCGGGUGGAGUAAGAAAAGCGUUUCUGCAGAAGUGAAACUUCAGCAGUGAGGAAAGUGAGCGCAGGAUGGACCGAAGGCAUCUGCUGAGUGAUCAAGAUGAUGUUACGGGUCUGGCCUAUCAACCUAUGGUCCCUAAUACAGGUCAGUGGACCGGAACCGAGGUCGAGCCCACUGCUCCUCCUGCAGUCCCUGGAUAUGAACAUUUAGGCCCUGGAUACAAUGAUGUUCCUCCUCCACCAAUGGGAUUCCAGCAUCCACAGCCACCAACUAGGCCCCCUACCACACAGUGGGAAAUUCCAGCCAUUUCUAAAGAGCUGGCCAAUGAGGCGUUUGUUGAGUACGUCUCCAGCCACUGCUGCUACAGCAGGAAGCCGACCAAAGAGAUGAUCAUAUCUGACUUGGUUGCUAUAAACACUUACAGGUAUCGGCUGGAGACGUUCACCGAGUCGAGAUCGACUGAAUGGGCCUCUGAACCCUAUAAUGGUCAGUUAGUGGACGGUAUGCCCGGUUUGGCUCCGGGCCCCUGGGACGUCUCUGUUUCGGCCCCUGCUCUGUUUCAGGACUCUGAAACUCACGUUCGCGUCCCACAUACAGCCUCUUUGAAGGGCUGCCACUCCUGCCUGAAUCUCGGCAAGUCUGCGUGUAACCGAUGUGUAACGUCUGGACGGGUUCAGUGUGAGGUGUGUGGUGGCUCGGGGAUCACCGCGUCUCAGGAACGCUGUUCUGAUUGUAGAGGACUCGGCAGAGUCAAGUGCACAGCCUGCUCAGGUGUCGGGUCAACCCCCUGCACAACCUGCCAGGGACGAGGACAGCUGCUCUGCUACAUCAAGCUGAAAGUUCAGUGGCAAAACCAUGUUUAUGUGCAGGUGAUGGAUAAGCGUUCAGGACUUCCUGUUGAACAUCUGGACUCUGUUAAUGGAGAAACACUCCUUUCUGAUAUGAAUACGAUGGUCUAUCCAGUCAGCAGUUUUCCGGUUGAGUCGGUGAACGCAGCGUCGAGGAAAGCCGUUCAGGAGCAUCAGGCUCAGUUCACCGGCUCCUGCCGUAUCCUACACCAGAGGCAGACCAUCGAGCUGAUCCCCGUCACUCGUGUUCACUACACCUGGAAGGAGAAGACCUUCAUCUACUUCGUGUACGGAGCCGAACACAGGGUCUUCACUAACGAAUAUCCCGCCAAGUGUUUCUGCUGCACCAUUACUUAAACAUUUAUUACAACAUGUACAGUACAGGCCAAAAGUUUGGACACACCUUCUCUUUUUCAGUGCGUUUUCUUUAUUUUCAUGACUAUUUACAUUGUAGAUUCUCACU